GAGAAGGUGGUGGUGAGCCACUGCCUAGAACAGCUGCAGUCCUUGUGGUAUAGGUAUUCUUGAGUGGAGAGUUCCAGAAUUUUGACUCAGCAACGUCUGGCUUUAAAUUGAAAGGAAGUUGAUUGAUGAAGCAGCUGAAGAUGGUUGAGUUGGGCCUAGGACAGUACCCCAAGGAACUGUGAUUUCCUGAGCCUGAGAUGAUUGACUUCCAACAACCACAAUCAUCUUCCUCUGUUCUAGGUUAUUAAAGAAGAAAUGAUCAACCAAACUGUUAGCCGACUUUGUUACAGAAACAAGGUGAUCCUGGCCCCCAUGGUGCGUGUUGGUACUUUACCAAUGAGAUUACUGGCACUAGACUAUGGAGCGGAUAUUGUAUACUGUGAGGAAUUGAUUGACUUGAAGAUGAUACAGUGCAAGAGAGUCGUGAAUGAGGUGCUGGACACCGUAGAUUAUGUUGCAACUGAUGAGCGAGUCAUUUUUAGGACGUGUGAAAGAGAAAAGAAUCAUGUUGUCUUCCAAAUGGGCACAGCUGAUGCUCAGAGAGCUCUGACAGUUGCACGGCUUGUAGAAAAUGAUGUAGCUGGAAUAGAUGUGAACAUGGGCUGUCCAAAAGAAUAUUCUACCAAGGGUGGCAUGGGAGUAGCACUGUUGUCCAACCCUGACAAAAUUGAAGCAAUCCUUUCCACCCUGGUCAAAGGAAUUUCAAAGCCAGUGACCUGCAAAAUUCGAAUUUUACCAUCACUGGAAGACACCAUUAACCUUGUAAAACGCAUCGAAAGAACAGGAGUUGCAGCCGUGGCAGUGCACGGGAGGAGAAAAGAGGAAAGGCCGCAACAUCCUGUGCACUGUGAUGUAAUUAAAGCAAUCUCUGAAGCUGUGUCUAUCCCAGUAAUAGCGAAUGGAGGAUCUCAGGAGAUUAUCAAAGAACAUGCAGGCAUUGAAGAAUUUCGCCAGGUAACAGAUGCUUCUUCAGUAAUGGUGGCCCGCGCAGCCAUGUGGAAUCCUUCCAUCUUCAGAAAAGAAGGACUGUUACCAGCAGACACUGUUUUAAAGGAAUAUCUCACAUACGCAAUUAGAUAUGACAGCCAUUACUCAAAUACUAAAUACUGUCUAUGCCAAAUGUUGAGAGAGAAACUGGAAUCUGCUCAAGGCAAAAAAUUGCAUGCUGCGCAAUCGAAUGAAGAGAUCUGUGAGGCUUUUGAAAUGAAUGAGUAUUAUAAAGAAGUUGCGGCUUGCUUGGAAGCAAAGAGGGAAAAGUUGAAAGCAAAAUCUCAAGAGAAAUCGGAACAAGAAUCUGGGGACAAUGGAUCUCCUGAUGCCAUACAAAUGGCAGUCAGGUUUAACAAGCGUGACUACCCACCUCAAAUUACCCCCAAAAUGAUAUUACUUGAGUGGUGUCGGAAACAGAAGCUUCCUCAACCAGUGUAUCUGACAGUACAAAGGCCUUCGGACAGAUUAUUUAAUUCAGUUGUGACAGUAGCAGACAAAAACUACAGCUCCUCCUGUUGGGAUAAAACAAAGAAGGUGGUGGAACAGUCCACAGCUAUUGUGUGCCUGCGAUCUCUUGGACUCCCUGAGGGCAAAUUGUGUGAGGGAGAAAAUUCACUGAAGCACAAGCGAAAAAGAGAUGAGGAAAUCUCCAACGACACAGAAACUACCAGUAGCACCUCUCUGGACACAAAUAAAAAAAGACAGUCCAUCACUGAUGAAAAUAUAACAACUGACAUCCUGCUGUAAUGCGACAAAUUGGAAUUUUAUGAAGUGGCAUGUGCAACACGAGGUUUUUUAUAUAUACAUUUAACCAGCCAAUACUCCCUCUUUGUCUCUCUUGUGGCCAAUCUUCCAUGAACUUCAUUGGAUUUUGCUGAAAUGUUGUUUUAAUAUGGUGGCCACAUGCCUCAGGAGGAAGGGAGAUCCUGGUCUGCUACAGAAAUUGCAGCGAGGACUGAAGUGUUUGUUUUCUUUCCCUAUUGGUUCCUGCCUUACACAAAUACCUGCACAGUUUUCAACCCAUUAACUACACGAAGGCAUGCAAUUUAAUACCCUUUAGCUACGGCAUCAUUUCUGCACAGGCCAUUCUGUGGCUUCACUUACACCUAGAAAUAUUUAUUUAACAUAUAAUCUUUUAGCUGCCAUGUCAAUAACGGAUUUUUUUCCCAUAUGUCGUACCUUCCCCCGCUACUGCAAUGUAUUUUCUUUGUGUUUGGGGUGACGUUCUUCUCCUGUAUAAACAAUGUGUGAAUGCGCCAACAAUGUACUGAGACAAACACUCUCCUUACUGUGUUUUUAUGCAUAUAUAUAUAUAGGCAGAAGGUGGUUCAAGAUGCUCGUGUAUCAUCAUUUAUGUUUUAUUCCUUUUGUUUAAUGUGCCUUCUCCAUCUCAUUAUUAUUCUUCUUUUUCUGAUAAUAUCCUAUUUUCACUUCCCUUCUCUCCCUGAGUUUCCAUUUAGUUGCUCUCUGCCUCUCUGCAGUUUGAUUGAGCUGCCAUCCCUGCCCCUCCCCACCCCUUGUUACUAAGGCAUAGCUUUGCCAUGUCUAAAGGCUUCUCCCCCCUGUGAUGAGAAUUUCUUUAUGCCAAUUCUUUAUUUAUUAUUUGAAUACUUGUUAUAGGUUGAACACAGCAUGCCUGUCUACAAAUGUGCUAUCAUAUUGGAAUUCCAGCCGUUGGCAUCAUUUUGUAGGUGACCAUAAGCAGUCUGAGAAUUCUUCCCAAAAACUGUAUUUUUUUAGUGAGAUCUGGUUUUGCAGUUUAGAGCUAUGCAUUGUGCUUCAGCAUAAAGCUUGUAAUUAAUGUGGCAUUGGGCAUAAAAUGGCAGCAUAGCUGCUGGGUUCUCUUUACAUUGGAGAAGAAUGCACACUGUACCCACGAUAGGUCAAAAGACUUCCACUUCUCAUGAUUGUCUUUUCAUCAAUCCUUUCAAAGGCACUCGAGGGUUAAUUUUGCAAUCCUGUGCUCCUAGUGGGAAACUCUGCUUGAAGGAGGUACAGCUCAGAGUUGUCACUAAAAUACUGGCUCACUGACUCAGUAGCCUGUGAACAUGAGUUCCCCAUGAGUUGUAGGAACAUGGAAUUUGGUCCGGUAUCUCUGGAGCUGUCUGUAACUGAAAAAACUGGAGCGCUUUGAAUUGAUUGAUGAUUCCUUUCAUGUUGAAAAUGUGCUAAGAGCUUCUUGUUCCUAAUCAUGUUGGUGCAUGAAUGAUUAGACUUUCUACCAACAUUGAAGAUAUUAAUGGUCAAUUCUAAUUCACUGAAAUCGGUGGUAACAGGAUAAUGGUGGUUUCAGAAUGGGUUCAGUAGACUUAGACAGCUGGUAACCAUAAUGAUCAACCUGCUUCCACUUUCACAAAAGCCUACUACAGGACGACUAGAGAAGCCUGCCUAUUUCUGGUGGGAAGCUCCUUUUAAGAUACAAACCAUUGUUAGCAAUGGCACUGGCAAGUUGAGGUGGCACGGGGUCCUGUGUUAUUUUGAUGCAAUCUUAAUUGAAAUAUCUCAGUUAAAAUAUAUACUGGAAGAGCAUAAUGCCUUUUUUCAAAUCAUUAGUAUCCAAGUAAACUGUUAAAUAAAAGCAACUGUUAAUUCUUCAUUGAAAAACAAAUAUUAAAUAUAUACUGUAAUAUAUACUGUUUAACUCCCUGUGAAGGGAACUUGACCUCCAUGUCAAGUAGGAUAUUGGCAUAGUCCUGUGAAGGGGCAGAGGGGAGACCCAUUGAGAAUAUGCACCUUUAAGAAACUUGUCCCUUGUGCAAUCAGAAUUCAACUCUUUCGUUUUUCUUGACUAUAAGCUUUACUAUCAGGACUCCAAGUCACAGCCAAGAAGACUGAAUUGUAGCAGAGUACACCAUGUCAGCUUGGUAUAUUAAAAGUAAUCAGUUAUCUUUGGCAAAAUCCCACCAAACACUAACUGCCCCAAUAAACUGUGUGUGGAACUGCACCAAUCCCCACAGGGUCUGUCUCAUGAGAAAAAUGGCAAAUUAAUCACAAUGGAAAUUGAGGCUAUCUAAACCAUGCGAUCAAUGACAGCAAUCAUAACUACCCCCACCCUUGGAGCUUGAGUGGACAAUUUCUGAAGCUGCAAUGAAGGUGGGUAGCAGGUAAUAGACUGACAAGAGAAAGCGCUAUACCUAAAUAGUUGCAGUAAUGAUGCAGAGGUGUGAUGUUCUUCUGGCAGCAGGUUAAAGCCAGUCUGUGUAGUGAUCAAUAAUACUCCAGCACUCUCAGCUCUUAGGUACUCACAGUCUAGAGUGGUAAGAGGGGUGGAAACCCCUGUCUAUUUUUUUCCAUGUUAUCCUCACAUAUUGGAUGGUAUUUGUAAUACAAUAAAUGCAUGAUUAAGUACAGGGUGUAAUUAAUUUGCAUUCUGUGCCAGUGGCUUUGCCCAUUAGUGUAUUUGCAUCUGUUAGGGGCUCUAAACAUAUUGUAAAUGUGUAUUAUACAUUCUAUCAAAUCACUAUAAAAUCUUAGAAAAUAAACAA